AUGAACAACUUCAUCGUGGGCCAAGUCACACCGACGAUGAUGCAGAACAUCACCUUUGGCACGUUCGUGUUCUUCGGGUCGUUCUCGUUCCUCGGUGCCCUAUUCAUUGCGUUUAUGGUGCCAGAGACAAAGGGUCUCACACUCGAAGAGAUGGACGAUGUCUUCGGCUCAGAAGGUCUCGCCGCCGCGGAUACAGAGCGACAGCUCGCGAUCGAGAAGCGUCUCGGCCUCGACCAAUACGCCUACACGAGCUCGGACGCGGACAGCUCGGAGAAGCAGGAAAUCCAUAUGAACGCCAAGGUGUAG